GUAAGUUGACUAUUCCAACUGGAGUUGAGUGCAGAAAAGCAGUCGGAAGCGAAGUGAAGCAACCAGAAGCAGAGAAGCAGAAGGAAGCAUGCGGUUGCCGUUAUUAACAACUCUUCUGUCUCUCGUGUUGUUACUAGUGGCGGUACAUCACGUCUAUGAAGUACAAUCUUCAGCAGCCUUAGUACUAAAAGGUUUAUUCUACGGGACACAGGCUACUACCCUAGGCUUGAGUUUAGCCAGUUGGGCUAGUCAUGGAUGCUCGUACUAUCCCUCAAUAUGUGACCUUCAGCGUGAAAUCGACACCCUCACCCCACGAGUGGAAGCAAUAGCAGCUAAUCUCAAUACUGACGCUGAAAGGUUGAAACAAAUGGAUGGUGUGAACACAGACCUCUACAAUACUCUCACCACAGCAAAUGGCAAAAAUGAACGUAUCGUAGGCAAACUUGAGAUGAUCCGGGAAUACUCUGCUGAUAUCGUAGUUUUACUCAAGGAAGUUGCAGGGGUAUCUGUGACAACUAUAGACCCUGAACAAAUGGAAACUGAUGUCAAUGCGAUUACUACAAACAUCCAAGGUGUCAAGGCUCAGAUAAAGGCUUUGGAGGAGAGUAUGAAGAUGCACAGCUAUAUGCACGGGGCUUUCUUGGCUGUUGAAAUCCUACCAAAGACUCUCUACUUCGCCAAUAAUGCAUACAAUCAUUAUAAGUGGAGAAAAAGCAUGAGAAAUAUUGAUACCACCAACUUUCAACGGCAAAAAAUCCAAAAGAUCUAUGAAGCUCAUUCGACCACUGGUCAAAAAUUAAGUCGCAUGGACAUCUACUUGAAAGCAAACCCAAGAAUCGCAAAAGCCUUGAAGGUCGCUGCAUAUGGAGUCGGAUUUCUCUUGAAUGGCAUUGUUUUGUACUUUGAUAUCUCAACAGCGAAGGCAUCUAGGGAUAGCCUAAAAAUUGUCCGAGAUGAUUUGAAUAAUAUCAUAGCAGACAGCGCUGCCACUCAAACUACACUAACAGAGAAUAUCGCCACCGAGAUCGAAGCCGCGGCUGAAAUGGAAGUCAGCUACGAGCAAAUAAAAGAAGGGUUCGUAAACGGCAGCGACUUCACGAACCAGUUGAAUGAUUAUUCAGACUCUGUAUAUGACGAAAGUCUCGCCGACAUCCCUCAAUAUACCGACGAAAACGUGAACAAAGAAAACCUGGUUGCAAGUCAGAACGAGUAUAUUGACUGGCUCAUUGCGCAAGAGACAAAUCUUCAAGGAUUCUUUAACCGCAUGAAAGCCGUGGAGUCCAUCCUAAAAAUGGUUGCGUUACCAACAGCCCCGAUGAUGGCAUUCCAGUUGGUCAUGAUAGGCCAAUCACACGAUCCAACCAUCACUUUAGAGAUCGUUCUUGAUGUCAUCGCUGAUGCCAAACCCGAAGUCACCUUCUGGCCAGAUUUUGACAUGACUGCCUUUCAACCAACGCAGCAUGAUCUCAGACCAUAUAGAGUGUGAAUACCAAAAUGUAAUUAGAAUAAAUCUUCUGCAUGUAAAAGCAA